AUGUCUGCCUCCCUCAGAGACACCAACUCUGCCCUGAAGUCAGAGACUCUCACAAACAGUGAGAUGCCAGAGUCUCCUCUCAGUCCCACGGCAGCUCGUCAGACUCCGACCAGCAGCCUCCUCACUCAUGCAGACACGGCAGCCGGAGGAAGAGCCACUGAUGGGGACUGCAGCAGAGAGAUGAGUGUGGAGAACAGGCAGAGUCUGCUCCACAAACAGGUCUUCCUGGCCAUGAUGAGUCCUCAGCAGCAGCUUCUGUCGCCCAACCAGCUGCAGGUCCUGAUCCAACACAAGCAGCAGGCUCUUCUCCUCCAGCAGCUUCCUGCUCAGCAGUUCCAGCAGCUCUUCCAGUCACAGAAACCAUCUCUGUCGGCUCCCAGCCUCUCUGCAGCUGGUCUGAGCCCUGCAGAGAUGCAGCAGAUAUGGAAAGAGCUCAGAGAAGAUAAAACCAUCCUGAAGAGUAACCAGGACUCCUGUGCUCAGAAGAUCUUCUCAGAAAGAGUGAAAGGGACGCAGAUCAAUAAGCAGCUGUCAGAACGCUCUGCCACAGAGGAUCCAGCUGCUACACACCUGCUCUUUGCUCACAGUGUUUGUAACUGGCCAGGCUGUGAGUCAGUCUGUGAAAACCUCUGCCACUUCAUCAAGCACCUGGGCAGUGAGCACUCCCUGGAUGACAGAAGCACGGCUCAGUGCAGAGUCCAGAUGCAGGUGGUUCAGCAGCUGGAGCUGCAGCUCAGCAAAGAGCGGAAGCGUCUGCAAGCGAUGAUGGCUCACCUGUACCUGCCCUCUUCAAACGCUCUAUCGCCAACAUGUGACUUGACUGCUGACCCUCACAGCCCGCAGUGGCAGCUAGGCCUGCUCACCAGCACGCUGCCCUCACUGAGACCCCUGGACUCUGUUCAGGCCAUCCCCCAAUCAGUGGACAUUGUCAGCUCCCCAACCCAUAGGUGCGAAGAAGAGUCGCCAACUUCUAUAUCAAAAACGGCGGUCAUGAGAUGUCGGGAUCAACCUUUGGUCUUCUCUAUGUCUUCAGAAAAUGAAUAUGAGCUUUAUAAGAAUACUGACAUCAGACCACCUUUCACCUACGCAACACUGAUCAGACAGGCUAUCAUGGAAGCAUCAGACAUGCAGCUAACGCUCAACGAGAUCUACAACUGGUUCACGAAGACAUUUGCUUAUUUCAGACGUAACGCCGCCACUUGGAAGAACGCUGUUCGCCACAACCUGAGCCUGCACAAGUGUUUUGUGCGUGUUGAGAAUGUGAAAGGGGCAGUGUGGACGGUGGAUGAGGAGGAAUACCAGAGGAGGAGAUCCCAGCGGAUCGCAGGAAGUCCAUCACUGAUGAAAACCGUGUCCUCCAGUCUUGCUUUGGGAGCCACACUUCAGUCCACCUUACAGGCUGCACUGGCAGAAGCAUCCCUGUCUGGGUUCAAGCAGGAGAGUGUGAGCAGAAAGUUCAGGAGCCGAUUACAUGGCAUCAAACCGACAGACGUCAACAGCCACAGAAAGCAGAACUCAAGUCCUCAAGUCCAGCAACAACUGCACCCUGACAAUGAAGAGCUCAAAAUAAAUGAGCAAGAAUGUCUGCUGGCGACGGUAAAACCAGUCAGUCUGCAGCGUGACAUGAGUGGAAAGAAUGAGGAGCAUUUAUUUGACCUUGAAUAACCUUUUACAGUCUGGACAGUCAGUUACAAUAAUAUAUACAGUAAAAUCUUCACUCAGUUUAAGUCUUCACCUACCAGUGACACGUGAUGGUCCAAAAGUUCCACACUCCUUCAAAUAUCCAUUUAUUUUACUGUAAUUUCUGCAGUGUCUGCCCUUCAUGUUUACAAGUGAACAGUAAUUUUAUUUAAGUUCUGAAAAACUUAGUUUUGAAAGAAUUUGUUCAAAUUGGAAAUAUGAAACUUUCGACAAAGACAAUUUUUGCCCCAGAAACCUAACCAACAAUGAAGCUGUCUUUACUGUUUUGUCUUCAUCCUUCUCACUUAACUUUACUAACUGAAAGAAGAGUUUAAAAAAGCAUUUAAAAUAAUAAUUUUAAUAAUAAAAAGAAUGGUUAAAAGAUUUACCAAAACCAAACUAAAAUUCUUCCUCUGGAUUUGACACACCUGUAAUGAGGAUGGUCUGGAUGUGGUACGCGUAUUACAGCAUUUUUGUUAGAACUAUUUGAAAAGAUUCAUUUUUAAUGAAAGACAAAACAUCUGGAGUGGUGCAGAUGGGACCUCAGGUGUCUGAUAUGAUGCCAGGCAUGAAAACUAUUAUUCAUCCCUUAGAGCAGUGGUUCCCAACCUUUUCAGACUUGUGUACCCCCUGAGCCAUUUUGUUUUACCACUAGU